GUCUGUCCAAGAAUUGGGAGGUGUCCUGCCAAGAUGCCGAACCAGCUCGAUCGAUUCGACAUUUUACUCGCGCUCUUAUGCGUCUUCGCUGCGACUCACAUCGUGACGUUUUUGAGAGAGCGAGAUUGCAAGGCUGACGUUUUCGUCAUCCGAGACAGUUGCAAAUACCUGAACAAUGUGGACGUGAAUGUGGAGAACAUGCGAAAAGGGAUCAUGGACGUUGACCGUGUGGUGACAAUGCGAGACAACUGGUUUCUUUUCCAUGGCCAACUGGACUCCAACAACAACCUGUCGCUACAUCUCACGCACGUGCAGACAAACGUCUCCGAUAAGCCGCUAUGGGCCAAAAUUCAAGACACAGACGUGCAGGCUCAGAGAGAUGAUCAGCGGCUGAUGUUUGUUGGCCGGUGGAGCGGACAGCCUCUGACGUUCCAAUUCGAACAAAUUGAUAUCGCUAACGAAACCCAACUGCGCCAGUAUGGAAUAUUCCUAGGUGAAUCAUCAGCUGAUGGUAACCCCCUUCCUGGAAAUGUCGGUAACGAGUCCGCAUCCAUGUGGGACAUACAAGGGUGGUUUCACUGGGUCCAGGAAUGGUACACCGGGACGCGAAAUGAAGGUGACAUAGACAGCGUGCUGGAAGACUCUGGAGUCCAUACUGGUAAAGUGGGCGGGAGAUCUGGUGAUCUGUCAGAGACGUCCAAGGCUAAGGCAUUCGUAGCAAAGUGUCAUGACGCGGGACCCGACCCCCUUGGGGAAGAACCCUUUGUAGGGUGUGGCACAAAGAGCCCAGCUAACAGCAAAUCGUCUGACAAGUUCGUGGACCAAGUGCAGAACGACCUCGAUGAUGUGAAGCAAGGGGGAAACAUUCAUUUAAAAAGCGGGAAAGGAGAAGAUUUCUUGGUUGGUGAGAUUACUAGUUUCAUACAAGCUACCAUGGAGACCUUCGAAUCAAAGAUUUUAAGGGACACCCCACAGAUUGAUCCUGGGGCCACUGCCACUAUGACCAAGCAAGAUACUUCCUCUGCGUACAGGGCCUUCGAUGAGAAUCGCUCACCCUCCACUUCCUCUGAUGGAAAGGAAAGCCACGCAAGCAAUACAAUUCCCGUUUUUGAUAAUUCACAUGCUGAGAUACUUGGCGGUAUCUACGUUCAGUUUGAGAAAAUGCCGGCAGAGGUGGCCGCAAUGCUGAGUGGUGGACAACCCGAGAAGACACUUCAGUUAUCUGCAAAAUCCCUUAAUGACCCACUUUUAAGUGAGGGUCUGUCGGCCGAGGCUGUUAAUAGCGCUGGCGAUUUUGCGGAUGUUGGGAGCAAGAACAACGUUGCGCUUAAAGACAACAUUGCAGACACAUCUGUCUCUAGCUGUAGAACAACUGAAACAGACGGCGUAGAUAUAUCUUCAAGUGGAUCUAGCAUCCUGGAUGACUCCCAUCUAACAAUACACGUUGACAAGACAACGGACGGCUCUCUACCAUGGGGUAACAGAACAUCGGAUGAGCGUGGCCUACCGGAAGUGCAGGAAACAGUUCUAGAUUCAAAGGAUGCAUUGGCUUCUUCUACUAACGAAGCAGAAGGCGACAUUAGCAGUAGCCGCGUGGACAAUCAGCGAGAGAGGGGAACGGAGUCCAGUGUAGUCAUGGAGCCUGUCACGCCCUGGUCGUACUGUCAAGACGCGCUCAGACCCGAGGGUGAUAAAGUUUGCACACGCUCACUUAACGGCACAGUGCGAUGCGAUACCGCGAAAAAGGCAUAUGAAGCGCGAACCGAACUUCGCCGUAUUGUAGAAGUGGGAAUCGUUUGUACCGCUACCAUAACAACCUUGAUGGCUAUGAUGUGUGGACCGCGAUUCUAUGGUCUCCCAGAGCCAGUGCUGGGCCAGUACUGACAAUAAACUUCCCUGCUAUGUAAUCUCCUAGAGCAAGGGAAAAUAUCGACAACAAACUUCUUUUGCGCUCCUUUCUCUGCUACGAUUUCUUUACAAUUGUUUUUACCUGCCAUACUUAUAGAUAAUGAAUUAAUGAACUUUGGCCGUUGAGCGCUUUUUUUUUCUAAUAGUAAAAAUUGCGUAAUAAUAAAAAAGUAUUUAAAAAAUA